AUGUAAUAUUCAGAUCUAGAGGAAGCUAAGUAACACAACUUUAAUACAACUUAGCGAAGAAUCAUCUCCGGAUAAACCUAUUUAAGAGAUAAAUAAAUACUAGUUAACACCUAUUCUUUUUCCAAAUACGUCACCAAGAAAACUUCAGGAUGUUCAUUCAUAUUACUCAAAAUAAAGUAUCAGUCCACUCUCUAAUGAUGAUGAAGAUAAGUUUGAAGAUUUUGAAGAUCUAUAAGUAAUGAAAAAUAUUAAUGAUAACAAUGUAAUUACUGGUUCAAAUACAUGUCCGAAUUUGACUGAUAGUAGAAGCAAAAAUUAAGAAUAACUUUAGCUAUCUUAAGUAAAACUCUCUUAUUAUUUUAGUAUAUGUUUAAUUAUAAGUCUAAUUAAAAAAUAUCUAUUCCUCGUGCAUCAAUAUUCAAAAUUUAGCAUUUGUCUCAAAAAAAACUUAAACAGCAAAAUAUAACAUUAAGAUAAUCUUAAAAUUUAUAAGAAUGA